CUCACGCAGACCCUGCUUCCCUCGGCAUCUACCCGCUAUCCCGGUUCUUAGCACGGAGGACGCUCCCGCUCGCUCGCAUCGCCGGAUGAGAGAAGGCGGCGGCGCGCAGGCUCCACAAGGCCUCGGCUCUACUUGACAGACCCUCCCUGGUCUGAAACCUCAAGAUGGCUUCCAGCUCAGCCAGCGACCCCCGCCCAGCUCCUGAUGAAAAUGAGUUUCCAUUUGGUUGCCCCCCAGCUGCCUCCCAGGACCCCUCAGAGCCCAGGGCUCUCUACUGCACCACCUGUCUCUCUGAGAAACUGAGGGAUGGUGAAGAUCUGAUCUGUCCCAAAUGCAGAGCAGAAAACCUCCAACCUGGGAGCCCAGGAAGCCUUCUGACUCAGGAGAAGGUUCACCCUGAGGUGUCUGAGGCUGGAGUCGUGUGUCCCUUUGCAGGUGUCGGCUGUUCCUUCAAGGGGAGUCCACAAUCCAUGCAGGAGCAUGAGGCCACCUCCCAGGCCUCCCACCUGCACUUGCUGCUCGGGGUCCUAAAAGAGUGGAAGUCCUUGCCAGGCUCCAACCUGGGCUCCACGCCCAUGGCCCUGGAGCGGAACCUGUCAGAGCUGCAGCUUCAGGCGGCUGUGGAAGUGACUGGGGACCUGGAGGUUGACUGCUACCGGGCACCUUGCUGUGAGAGCCAGGAUGAGCAGGCCCUGUGGCACCUCCUGAAAGAGAAACAGUUGGCUCAGCUGGAGGAGAAACUGCGUGUGUUUGAGAACAUCGUGGCUGUCCUCAACAAGGAGGUGGAGGCUUCCCACCUAGCACUGGCUGCCUCCAUCCACCAGAGCCAGCUGGACCGAGAGCACAUCUUGAGCUUGGAGCAGAGGGUUGUGGAGUUGCAACAGACCCUGGCCCAAAAAGAUCAGGUCCUGGGCAAGCUGGAGCAGAGCCUGCGGCUCAUGGAGGAGGCCUCCUUCGAUGGCACUUUCCUGUGGAAGAUCACCAAUGUCACCAGACGGUGUCAUGAGUCAGUGUGUGGCAGGACUAUCAGCCUCUUCUCUCCAGCUUUCUACACGGCCAAGUAUGGUUACAAGUUAUGUCUGCGAUUGUAUCUGAAUGGGGAUGGCUCAGGCAAGAAGACCCACCUGUCCCUGUUUAUCGUCAUCAUGAGAGGGGAGUAUGAUGCUCUACUGCCCUGGCCAUUCAGGAACAAGGUCACCUUCAUGCUACUUGAUCAGAACAACCGUGAACAUGCCAUUGAUGCCUUCAGGCCUGACCUGAGCUCAGCCUCCUUCCAGCGGCCACAGAGUGAGACCAACGUGGCCAGUGGCUGCCCGCUCUUCUUCCCCCUCAGCAAGCUGCAGUCGCCCAAGCACGCCUACGUAAAAGAUGACACAAUGUUCCUCAAGUGCAUUGUGGAUACCAGUGCUUAGGGAUGGGGCGAAUCUCCUGAGGGGAGCCAAUUCAGACUAGGGGACUUAGCUGGAUAGGCCUCCAGGCCCUGCCCUUGGAGCCCACAGUGCAAGACAAGGGUGGGCUGCAGCUGGCGUGACCGGAGUGCCACAGCAGCUGGGUUGUGGCUACUGGGAGAGCAGGAGAACUGGAGCUGUGCCUGCAGAGACAGAGUGGAGAAGGCAAAAGUGCUCUCUUCACACAGACUACGUAACGCCAGGAGGCAGGCACAGCAGGAGACUGGCACUCCAGGAGGCUGGCACACAAGCAGACCAGCAUGCCAGCAGGUCCUGAAUGUUGAGACCACCUUAAGGCUGGCCUGAGGCAUGGAUGUUGAGCCAAGGCUCUGGGGCCUAAGCAGAGGACCACUCCUACUGGGAAGCUCUCUGUAGCGGAAACUGGAAACACGUCUAGUCUCUCUGUCCAUACUCAGAACUAGGACCACAGGCAGAAGGGUCAGACGCUAGUGUGAAUUUGACCUGCCCGGGGCUGGGUUCCUAUGUUAACAGAUAAAACUGGAAGCUGAACCGGGAAAGGCUUGCUGGUUGGAUUCAAAGACCUUUGAUGUUUCUACGGACGAAAUAAAUAAUAACAAGCUUCCUGUCCCUGAUGAGGCUACCCCCACAGAGGACUCUGGAGAAAUACCCAGGAUCCUCAUAUCCUUCCAGCUCCCCACUCACCUAACCUUGCAGCCCAGGUUCCCAACAGACAGGAGCACACCC